GCCAGGAGGGGGCGGGGCUUGCGCCUGGAGUUCUCUGACGGCCCCAGCCAGGGAAUUUCAAUUUGAAACCCGGCGGAGGGUGGAGGCGGCGGACGCGGAGGGCCGGCGGCCGGGGCUGAAGCGGGACGUGUCCCGGGGCGAGCAGGCUCGAGAGGGGCGGUGUCCGGUAUAAGCUGUAACCAUGACUACUGAAGUUGGCUCUGCAUCUGAAGUAAAGAAGGGCUCUGACCAGGCAGGAGCAGAUGUACCUAAGGAGAAAGUUAAAGAAGCAACAGAAAAUGAGCAGAAUCAGUUAUCUGAGCCCGAGGAGGGGAAAGGUUCCCAGCAGGGUCCUGCUGUUGAAAGCCAAAGUAGUCCCCGGCGCCGGAAAAGAGACAAGGACCCAUCUGAGAGCAGAGGCAUCUCUCGGUUCAUACCCCCAUGGCUUAAGAAGCAGAAGUCUUACAACUUAGUAGUGGCCAAAGAUGGAGGAGAUAAAAAAGAGCCUACCCAAGCUGAUGCACAAGAGCAGAUCUUGGAUAAAGAGGAUUCCGUUCCUGAAGAAGAGAGUCGGGCCAAGGGCGAUGCGGAAGAAAUGGCUCAGAGGAAACACCUCGAGGUUAAGGUGGAGGUCAGGGAAGAAAAGCCUUCCUUGAAAGCUAGUGCUGAGACCCAGCCUGCUGAAGAAGUGAAGAAGGACAGCGAAGAGGAAAAGAUAAAGGAAGCACAGGAGGACAAACUGGAAGGAGAGACAGCCAAGAGGGAGACCAAGGAAGUGCAGACCAGUGAGCUGAAAGCAGAGCUGGCCUCUCAGAAAGCCACCAGGAAGAGCAAGACUAUCGUGGCCAAAGUGACCCUCCUAGAUGGCACUGAAUACAGCUGUGACCUUGAGAAACGUGCUAAGGGACAAGUGUUAUUUGACAAAGUGUGUGAACACCUCAAUCUCCUGGAGAAGGACUACUUUGGGCUUCUAUUUCAGGAAAAUGCUGAGCAGAGAAUGACUACAUCACGGAGAGGAAGGAAGCGGAAAUGGACAGAUAACAAUAUACAGAACUGGCUAGAUCCCGCAAAAGAAGUUAAGAGACAGCUGAGAAAUCUUCCUUGGCUAUUCGCUUUUAAUGUGAAGUUUUAUCCUCCGGAUCCUUCUCAGUUGACCGAAGAUAUCACCAGAUACUUCUUGUGCCUUCAGCUGCGGCAGGACAUCUUCUCUGGCCGCCUGCCCUGUUCCUUCGUGACUCAUGCCCUCUUGGGGUCCUACACAUUGCAGGCUGAGCAUGGAGAUUAUGACCUGGAAGAGUAUGACAGCAUUAAUCUUAGUGACUUCCAGUUUGCCCCGGCCCAGACCAAGGAGCUGGAAGAAAAGGUGGCAGAGCUGCAUAAAACUCACAGGGGCUUAUCUCCAGCACAAGCCGAUUCUCAGUUCUUAGAAAAUGCAAAGAGGCUUUCCAUGUACGGUGUUGAUCUGCAUCAUGCCAAGGACUCUGAAGGAGUGGACAUCAAGCUGGGUGUGUGUGCUAAUGGCCUUCUCAUUUACAAAGACAGACUGAGAAUCAAUCGAUUUGCUUGGCCGAAGAUCCUGAAAAUUUCCUAUAAGCGCAGUAAUUUCUAUAUUAAAGUUAGACCAGCAGAGCUGGAACAGUUUGAGAGCACCAUUGGAUUCAAACUGCUAAACCAUCGGGCAGCUAAAAGGCUAUGGAAAGUCUGUGUGGAGCAUCACACUUUCUACAGGCUUGUGUCUCCAGAGCAGCCACCAAAGGCCAAGUUCUUAACCUUGGGGUCCAAAUUCCGCUACAGUGGACGCACCCAGGCACAGACCCGUCAAGCAAGCACCCUCAUAGAUAGGCCAGCACCACACUUUGAGCGUGCCUCUAGUAAACGUGUCUCCAGGAGCCUAGAUGGAGCUCCGAUUGGUGUUGUGGACCAAAGUCUUAUGAAGGACUUUCCUGGCCCUCCUGGAGAGGGUUCAGCACAUGGCCCUGCAGCUGCCAGCUAUACCGCCAUACAAGAUGGUGAUAGCCGAAGGGAUGUCAGAAGCCCAGCACAAUCAGCAGCCCUGCUCGCCGAGGGAAAGAAAAAUACCUUGAGAGUAGAAGGGGAUAAUAUUUAUGUCAGACAUAGCAAUUUAAUGUUGGAGGACCUGGAUAAGGCCCAGGAGGACAUACUGAAACAUCAGGCUAGCAUUAGUGAGCUCAAGCGCAAUUUUAUGGAGUCUACACCUGAGCCGCGCCCCAGUGAAUGGGAAAAACGACGUAUCACACCUCUGUCUCUACAGACACAAGGGAGAAAAGGAGACCAUCUUUUCAAGGAUGUUCUGUCCAUGAAGGAGAAGUACCUGAUGGCGGCUACCCGGACAGUUGAAGAGGAAGCUCAGGCGGACAAGAGCCUAGAAGAAGAGAUAACAUCAAUUUUGUUUAGUGGAAAGGGCUUUUCUCAUAGUCUGAAAGCCUCCUUCCCUUCAUCCACCACUUGGACAGCAGAGGGCGCUGUUGUGAACUCUAAUGCGCCUAGAGAAAAGCUUUCUUCUUCGCCCUUCUCACACUUGCCUGAGACUCGCACGCCUGUAUCGGAAGGGCCUUGCACUGGAGCCAGGGACGCUGUUAAGAGUUCACAUGAGACUCUGAAUGUAGUGGACGAGAAGAGGCGGGCAGAGGUUGGGAAAGACGAAAGAGUGAUCACUGAAGAAAUGAAUGGUAAAGAGAAACCAGCUGGGAGUGUCCCUGGGGAGACUCGUAAGGCAGAGCCCGGGACACAGAAAGACUCGGCCUCCCUGUCUUCUGAGAGCGGCGGCAGCGGCAGCAGCAGCGAGAGUGAGGAGGAAGAUGUGGGAGAGUACCAGCCCCACCAACGAGUGACCCCGGGCACCAUAAGGGAAGAGCAGGAGGAGGAGGAAGAGAUGGAGGAAGAGCCCGGCCAAGCCGCCAAGGUAGUAGAGAGGGAGGCAGCGGUGCCUGAAGGCACCGCAGGCAGACAAGCAGAGGCCAGUGUCCUCACAGUAGCAGCAGAGGCCCAGGCAAAUGUAGUUGCCCAAAAGAUACCCGGAGAGACCAGUGCACCCGGAGGCACUGUUAAGCAAGACACGAGAGAAGAGGCAGAGGAAGAGCAGCACAGAGUUAACGGAGAGGUGCCCCAUGCUGACAUUGAUGUUUUACCAGAGAUUAUUUGUUGUUCAGAGCCACCAGUGAUAAAAACAGAGAUGGUAACAAUUUCUGAUGCUUCACAAAGGACAGAGAUCUCCACCAAGGAAGUCCCCAUUGUUCAGACUGAGACCAAAACCAUCACAUAUGAGUCCCCACAGAUUGAUGGCGGGGCUGGUGGUGAUUCGGGCACGUUACUGUCUGCACAAACCAUCACAUCUGAGUCCGUGUCAACAACGACAACCACACACAUCACCAAGACUGUAAAGGGUGGAAUAUCGGAAACAAGAAUUGAGAAACGCAUUGUGAUCACAGGAGAUGCUGCUCUUGAUCACGAUCAGGCACUGGCUCAGGCAAUUAGGGAAGCCAGAGAGCAGCACCCUGAUAUGGCGGUCACGAGGGUAGUAGUGCACAAAGAAACUGAGUUGGCAGAGGAAGGAGAAGAAUAAGAAAGUCAUUUUUUAAACAACAUUCAACUUCAUGAAUCUGAAGAACUUUGACCAUUCCAAGUCUUAACGCCACAUCACUACUCCAGCAAAUUUGUGCUACAACUGGUAACAUUGACCAGAAGUCUGAAGAAUUAAAAUGCCAACACCAAACCUUACCUUAACAGCUCUGGUCCAUACUAUCCCCAUGCAUUUCUAAUAUAUUAUUUGUUUUAUAACCCCUUCUAAAUAUUCUUGCUUCCUCUUUCCUUGCUUUCUUUCUCUCUUUUUUUAAAAUUCUUUGGUUUUUUUGUUAAGGGUUUUGUAUUUGUUUCCUUUUCCUACCUGCUUUUUAUGACUCAUUUGCUCAAAUGACAGUGAACAAAGCCAGCCUCGGCUGGUAAGGUGCUGUUCACUUGAACAGGUGCUCUUGUGUGGAGAAGAAACUCUGACUAAUUUAGACAGUGAUUUCCAUCCUUCAAGAUCGUUCCCAUUGAAUUCUUAUAGUCAAUAUUUACAGUGUUCAAAUAGUAGUAAAUAUACUGCAUGAGAACAUAUCACUACCAAUUGAAAGCAUUCCUUACGUCUUGAAACUUUUCUAAUAUUUGGGAACUUCUCUAUGGAUGGUUUUAUAUUGAACCCAUUGACUUCCCAGUCCUGUGACUUUGUCCUUCAGAGACUCUCUAGACUGGAGAAUUACGAAGCUCACUGACCAAGCACUGUGUCGAGAGACCGUUCUCGUCCACAGUGCAGUACUUCUCAGACAUAUGCUUUGCCACAGCAUUCCAGAACAGGAGAACUACAAAACGUGCCCUUCCCUUUUCCUACUAAGAGAAAAUCAGGCAGCUUAAAGCCUUAGUGCUUUCUUUCUUAACCUUUCCAAUUUCAAUACUUCCCAUUAUUUGAACACUUGAGUAGUGCACUUGCUUUGUAUUAAACUUCUUUGCCUACAUGUAAAACUGACCUUUUGUUACUGAGCAGGCAUAUUUCUUUAAGAUAGUUUGAUGACUCGAAGGUUUGAAGAGGGUAGGGGACAGUGGUGGGGUUUUGUUGAUUAUAUGAAAGCUAUGCCAUUUAAAGCUGAUGCCAGCCAGAGACCUGAUAGGGACUUAUUAACUGUAUUGAACAUGUUUUCCAUUUGCUUUUGACUCUGUAUAGUUACAAUUCCAGAUUAGAUUUAUAGCAGCUUCAAGUUGUAUUAAAUGGUAUUUUGCUUUAUGUAAUACUGUUAUAAAAUAAAAGUUUGUUUAUUCUAAAA